AUGGGAGUAUCUCCAAUGCCAAACUACGAAGGGACUGCUGUUGGCGAAAUGGAUGUGGCCAAAAAAUGGGAUGAGCUAGAUUUGUCAAAUCGAGACGAGGUGAAGCGAUACAUUCAUGAAUGCGGUCGGCUUCUCAUGCCAGUAUCCAACACUCACAAGGUGGCGACCGAAGACAUUUCCGUACAUAUUGGGGGAAAGAGUGUAACAUUUUCGAAAGGAACCAUCAUUUACAUCCCUAUGCUUCUGGCAGGGACGGACAAGAAUGCCGAUGUUGGAGGCUGCCCAUUUCAAUUUGACCAUUCUCGCAAGAAUGUUGUAGAUGCCCCCAUGAUCUUUCACUCGGCUGGUAACGAAACGAAUGGACGCAUAUAUGCCCAGGAAAAGACGUAG